UACAAAUUGCUUCAAGUGAUGUUAAAUGCUGGUGUUGAACUGCAACUGCAUCGUCUAUUUAAAGGCUGCAUAUAUAUCGAUAGUUUAAAUACUAUAUGUAAUUUAUGCAUAAAAUCUGGUCACACUGACAAUUGUGUAGAUAUUUCUGCGUAAUACUUGUGAUAGUAAUAUUUUGAUUAGCGAAAACAAAGGCGAAUCACGUUAAAAGAACCAAAACGGAAUAAAUGCAGCUGGAAAAGCAACAUUUGAAAUAUGAGUCGAAAGGGAACAAAAGAUCAAAAUGAUAUAUCGCUAAUCAUUGGGACUCUACCGAAACGGCUACAGAACAAGUUCGCUGCAAGCUGUAGUCACAACAGCCACGCAGCAGAGGAUGCUGAAAAUGCGGAACCAACUCCACCAGCCAUUACAAGGCCAGUCCAAAUAUUGAGAAAGCCAAAGAGAAAUGCUGGGAAUACGACAAGAGAAGUAUCCGCACCCGUUUUGGAUACCAGCGGGGGCAGCAGCAGCUUGGAAAACAAAUCGACGGAUGUGGGAAUACCUGGUAUACUGCGGGUAAAUGCCAGUCCAACAUCGAUUAUAGCUACGUGUAAUGCAGACAGCGUGAGAGCUGUGCACGGUACACGCAGACGCAACCGUACACACUCUGCACGGAUGCACGAUCAAACCCCAUUGUCGCCACUGUCGCGCGUACGUCUUACCACCGACCAUCCAGUUUGGUUUGAGCAGCUUCUAAAUAUGCCAAAUGUCAAGAUUAUUGUGCAAUUGUACGAUCAGCUGAUGGUACUGCAGCAACGUAAUCUUAUACUAAUCAAUUGGAAGAACUUUUGCUGUUUGCACGCACAGUUGCAGGAGGCCUUUUGUUGUUUAUUGCUGGAACAGCUUAAAUUCGUGUGUGAGCAUAAAGUGGAUGCAUUCUUCUGGAAGUUACUCUUCUAUAAUGUGAGAGAGUAUCUAAGACGACAACAAACUGACAUAGCACAAAGCCACACCUUAUUGCUCAUCGACCAAACUAUCAAGUUUUAUCGAGCUCUUUUUGACAAGCUUAUGGCCAAGUACAUCUCGGCACGAUGUGAGAGCGCUGUCAAGGUCGUCGCUCAACGUUUGCUUAUAUGUUUGGGCGACUUGACACGCUAUCGCGCCAACCAGUUGCAAUCAACGGACUUUGCAGAGGCAUGCAAAUAUUAUCAGCGUGCUCAGGAGCUAGUUCCUGGCAAUGGAGCGCCCUACAACCAACUGGCUAUUAUUGCUAUUUAUAACCACAAACGCUUCGAUGCAGUAUAUUAUUACAUGCGUAGCCUUUUGACAUCCAAUGCUAUACAAUCAGCAAAGGAGAGUCUUCUCGAUUUGUUCGAUGAAAUACGCCGGAGAUAUGAGGAAACCGAAAUGAAGCAGUCGCCAAUGCAUUGUGCUCCUAGCAAGUCGAAAAAGUCGAAGCAAAUGCGCAGAGAAGUCUGGAUUUAUCCAGAUGGCAUUAGACGCCUACAUAGAACUGAUGUCAAAGCCAAGGCCAAGAACAAACCAGCUAUAUCCGAAGUAAGCCGCUAUGACGAAAUGUCACCCCAGGAUUUGCUGCCACGCGUUGUGUCGUUGUAUUUGUAUUUAAUCGGAAAACUAUUUACAGCCACUGACAUUGAGUGCAUGUACCUACAGCUAGGUAAGCUGCAGAUUCAGCUCGGUGCGGCUUUGAAAUAUGACAAUCUGCUAUCGCGUAAAAUAUUGAAAAUGGUAGCGCUUAACGUGUUUGUACUGGAGCAUAACAAGCUUAAAGCUGAUCGUCGUGAGAUGCGUUAUCAUAGCUUCAACUUUGCCAAUGCAUUGUUUGGUCUUAUGCUGAGUAGGGCCAACCAAUUGCUCGCUAGCCUUACAGAAGAGUCAACCGAUUUACAAUGCUUUACAGAUGAAGAAUUAGCGCUUAUUAAUACCUACAUGCAGUUUGUGAAAAUCUACACACAAUGGCUGACAAUUAAUGUUAAUCUUUGGGAGCCAGUGCGCUCAGAGGACCACUCAUUCAUCGACUGUUGGGCGGAGCUACAAAUUCUAUUUGAUCACCUUGAAAUCAUAUAUAACAAAGUGGAUAGGGACAUUGACGGCGGAUUAGACAAUGUCGUGCUGGAUGAGGAUAUUGUGUUGAGCGGCUUUGAACCAUUAGGUCGGGAUGUAGCCAUCAGAGAUGGUGCCAAGCGUGGCUCUGAGCGGGCGCAGUUUAUUGAGCGUAUUCGGAAAAUAUUGCAGUUCCAGGAGAUUUACAUACAGCAUCAGGAGUCAUUGCAGCAACCCUUGAACUCUAGCUUUACAAUUGAGGACCUGAACACCGCUAUGCAAGUGGCACUCAAUAACUUUGAUGUGGAUAGCUGUGUUGUGUCCACAUCUACAGAAAGUUGCGGUUCGGAGCCAAAUAUGGAGGAAGUGGAUGCAAAUUGCUCCACGAGUGCAGAUGCGGAUAUAUCGCAGCUCUGCAAGUUAAAGAAAGAGCUCGAGGCAAAGGCCAAAGUUAAACAAAUUUGCAACAGCAAGCUUGAGCAAAUUCUGAAAUUAGUCGACACCAAACUGUACAUUGAGGUGCGUCCGCGCUACCUUUUGCCCGACACCAAUUGCUUUAUCGAUUGUCUAGAGGACAUUGAAAAGCUGUCGAUGGAAUUCAAGCGCUACACGAUUAUCAUACCACUGACGGUGGUAAAAGAGCUAGACGGACUGUCUAAGGGCGUCAAAUUGGAUUCGUAUCGUAGCUCCAAGCAAACACAACGCAUUCAUCAUUUUGAUGAAGUAUCAUCGCGUGCUAAAAAGUCAUUGGAGUUUAUAAGAUCGGCCAAACAUAAUGUGAAAUGUGCUACAACAAAAGGCUCUGUUAUAAAUGCUUCGUUAUUUGCACUCGUUGAGGAGGAAUAUGCCUCCAAUGAUGAUAAAAUUCUCGCAACCGCAGUUGCUGUUUCAAAGAACGCCAGCUCAGAGCAAUGUAGAGAUGGCAAAUGUUUCAUUCAAACCGAACUGGUGCUCAUCACCACCGAUCGGAAUUUGAGGGUAAAGGCAUUGGCGCGCAAUCUAGCUGUCAGCGCCUUGGAUGAGUUCUUACAAUGGGCCAAAGACUGCCGCGAAUCAACCUGAGUGUCAACGUUGAGGGACAAUUGCGAUAUCGUGCUGGCAAUUAUCAAGUAAUAGGUUCAUCCACCUGCGCAUGCAUGCUGUGAAUAGCGACUUUGUUCUAUCAAUAUUACCAUCAUUAGACAUAUUUGACUAUGUAUGUUACGGCCAAGAGCCGUAGCACACGUAAAAUUGGGACGUGGUUCAGCGUUUGAAGUCGAAAGCAUUCUUAUCUGCUGGUGUACUACGCGUGAGGUUUUUGCCAAGUCCAUACGGCUUGAGAUAUUUGGCU